AUGGGGAACCUCUGUGUCGGGUGCGUCGAUUCACUUCCCCUUCGAUUGGACUUGCUAAGAGGCAACGGAGCUGAACCUUUUGACCAGAUCAUCUUGUCGGUGAUUUGGUAUAAUAAUCAUCUCGGCGCUGCCUACUACAACAUCGUCACGUCCGAAUUAUUCGUAAUGGAGGACACUACGGACGACACCGAGCUAUUCGACCUAACGAAAGCUCUCUACAGACAGUGCCAGCCACAUUAUUUAGUAAUCAUUGCUGGCACGCCAUUUCCCUUUGCAAAUGCAUUAAAGAAAAUGAUCACAGAAACGUCGAACGAAGACGGGGAUUCCUUCGGUUCGAUCGAGCGCACGCGUAACACCGUGUUAAAGAUAGUGUGCAAAAAGGAGCACAAUUACGAACGGUGUUCUCACAGAGUAAGGUGUCUCCGGUUGGAGUUCGAACCCAGGAACGCGAACAACUCCGACAGGCUCACUUUUCUGAACAGUAUGCUGAAUUUCAAAUGCUGCGCCAUGAUACACGCGUUAGGGUCUCUCUUGCUCUUUAUCGACAAACACUGGAACAAUAUAGCGCUCGAUCCGUCCGGAAAACCGUCCUUUGCAUCGCUCAAUUACGUUACGCUCGACGACCUGGUCAUGGUGGACGAAGACACCUACAGGGCGUUGAACAUCGUGCAAGCCAAAGACCACCCUAGCCUCUUUAAAUUUGGUAAAACUACCACGACCACGAAAGGAGCGAGUCUGUUCUCGUUAUUCAAUCGCUACUGCCAGUCAAGACCUGGAUCACAGUUUCUAUGGAAAACACUGCGACAUCCAACGCGAAACGUCUCGGUUCUCCAGCAACGAUUAAACGCGAUCGCGUUCUUCCUGGAUCCCAACAACCAAAGCGUCGUCGAGAACUUGUCGUCCUGUUUGAAACACGUGUACCGUUUGACGAACGCCGUGCUCGCCUGUUGCUCGGGGCCACAAGCGAAAGCAUCGAAUUGGUACAAAUUGCACAAGACCGUCUCGCACGUAAUUUGCAUCGGCGAUAUAUGCGAGGAUUACGCUGGGAGGCUCGAACUUUUUAAACGUAUCGCCGAGAGCGUCACGAACGAAACGCAGUACGUGAAAUACUUCAUCGAGUACAUAGUGGAUUUCGGGGAAAGCAGACGAGAGGGAACGCUCACAGUCAAGCCUAACGUCGAUCCUCUGCUGGACGAAUUGAACCACGCACGGCGCACUUUGCCGGAGCUGCUCACGCGAAUGGCGGAAAAGGACAUGCGGGACAAUCUCCCAACUUCCGUUACCGGCUGCAACAUGUUGUAUUUACCGAAUAUCGGCUACGUCUUGGCGAUAAGCAAAUGGAAUCCGACUCCUCCGGAGCACGCCGCGUUUCAAAAUCUGGAAUUCAAGUUCAGCAUCGGCGACGUGCAUUACUACAAGAGCUCCUCGGCCAAAGAGCUGGACGAGACCGUGGGCGACAUCAUCUUGAAAAUAGCGGUUCGACAAAAUCGUAUCGUCCAGAAGCUCAUACGAUACGUGAGAAAGAACACCGGACCGAUUCUACACGCGAUCCAUCUCUGCGCUGAGCUGGACACCCUGAUGGCCUUUUCCAAAGUGGCGCGCGAUUACAAUUACGCGAGACCGGUCGUGACGGAGUCGAAGAUCAUAGACAUCAGGGAAGGCAGACAUCCGUUGCUGGAGUGCUUGACGACGUUUGUGCCGAACGACAUUCGUUCCGGGAACGGAGGAAGUCUGAUAAAAGUUGUGACGGGGCCGAAUUCUUGCGGCAAGAGCGUGUACUUGAAACAAAUCGGACUCGUGGUAUUUAUGGCUCACAUAGGGUCGUACGUUCCCGCAAAAUCGGCCACCGUGGGAACGGUAGCUCGAAUCUUGACUCAAAUGUCGAGCACGGAGAGCAUCGGAUUGUACGCGAGCUCGUUCUUGCAAAACCUUCGACAAAUCAACGUGGCCAUUCGCGCGUCUACGUCCGACAGCGUCGUGAUAACCGACGAGUUGGACAGAGGAACGUCUCAAGUUAGCGGAUUGUCGCUGGUCGCUGCCGUUUUGAACGCGUUCGCGGAAAGGGGAAACGAGUGUCCUCACGUGUUCGCGGCCACCCACGCACACAGCGUGCUCACUCUGCUCUCUCGAACUCCGUUGAUCGAGCUUCAGACUUUCGAGUACUUGGUGAACGAGGAUGAAACCUUGGCCUUCCUGUUCCGUGUUACCAACGGCAGCACAACGCGCAGCUUCGCCCACUUCGUGGCAAGAGUCGCGGAUUUGGACGCAAAUAUCGUGAAACGUAGCCUGGAAGUAUUCGAGAAAAUGAAAGAAGAUACACUACCGGCGAGCAUCAAUCGACGCUCGGACACGCUGAAACGCAUCGUUCAACUAUCGAGGAGGACCGCAAAUUUCAAUUUGGAAGAAUUGAAAUUGUUGGUGCGACGAGCCGUGCUUUCGAAGUAG